CCCAGAAUGUACGUUCCAAUUUGUAGGGUUUGGAGACGUGAACCAGGUUCCACAACCUUCUGAUCCAUCAAACAAGAUUCUGAGCUUCCAAAAUGGGUUCAAGGUUGAAAGUUGGAACACCCCAUUAGUCGUGAAAACCUUUAAACCCACUCGACGGCAAAACCGCUCUUUCGUUCUUCGGCGAAAUCAAAACUUCAAUCGGAGAAAAUAAGUUAGGGCUCUGGCGGCACUCAGAGAUUCAACAACAGCAAAUCAAAUGGCAUCAUCGAGUAGCGGGCUAACCUUCGAGCUUCACCCACUGGUGAUUGUCAACAUCUCCGAUCAUCACACACGUGUUAAGUCCCAAUCUCAACCACCGACCGCCAAUGGUGGUGACGUCACCUCCGCCUCUUCCAGUUCUCCGGCCCUUCCUUCAUCUAGGGUGUUUGGUUGUGUCAUUGGAGUUCAACGGGGACCAACCAUCGAGAUCUUCAACAGCUUUGAACUUCUCUAUGAUCCAUCCAACUAUUCCCUCGACCGUUCCUUCCUAGAGAAAAAACAGGAACUCUAUAAGAAAGUAUUUCCCAAGAGUUGCUUCUUCAACACCGGACCUGCACAGAAUGUUAGUCUCUAUAUCUCUAUCUCUCACUGUAUUCCUUUUAUCUAUCUGUUGCCAACACCUCUCCCGCCGCCGCCAUAG